CUUUCAUUUCUUUUUCUCUUUUGAAUCCCUGAGCUCGAGGAGUUCAAAGUGAAAGGCGAGCGUAACAUAGUCGUUCCUGCUGUCACAGUGCGUGACAAUGAUCCUUUCUGCAUUUCUCGUGGUAUUGUUACCAUUUUUAACACUUAACAUUCCUGAAGCGCAUACUUUUCGCGAUGGGUCCAAGAGGCAAGCCGACAAGGUUGUCGUCUGUUAUAUGGCCUCCUGGGCCACACAUAGACCCACAAAGGGUAAAUUCACCGUGAACGAUGUUCGUGCUGAUCUAUGUACUCACUUGAUUUAUACUUUUGCUGGUUUAAAUGCGACUACCUGGACUAUCAAGAGUCUAGAUCCUUGGAUGGAUUUAAAACAAAACCAUGACGUGGGAACGUACAAGAAAGUUACUGCAUUGCGCAUACGUUAUCCAGGAUUGAAAGUCACCCUGGCUAUAGGGGGUUGGAACGAAGGCAGUGAAAAUUUUUCGGCUCUUGUUGCUUCGCCUGAAAAGAGAAACAUCUUUUCGAAACAUGUUAUAGAAUAUUUACAGAUGUACGGUUUUGAUGGGCUAGACUUAGAUUGGGAAUUUCCCGGUCGUCGUGGAGGAAGUGAUAAGGAUAAAGAAAACUUUUCGUAUUUUGUCAGGGAACUAAAGAAUGCAUUCGAGCGUCAUGGGCUAUUGCUGACUGCGGCUAUUAGUGGUGAUAGGAACAGUAUGCAGACAAGUUAUGAUAUUCCAGAAAUAUCUAAAUAUUUAGAUUAUAUACACGUGAUGGCUUAUGAUUAUCACACCGCUUUAGACAAGCAAGUUCUUCCUAAUGCACCUGUCUCCAGCAAUGAUACUCUUAACCUGAAAGACGCUAUACAAUAUCUCUUAUCAGAAGGUGCACCUUCAGAAAAAAUCGUUCUAGGUAUACCAAUGUAUGGCAGGACAUUUAGCUUGACUAAGCUACCCAAUACUCCUGAUGAAAGUCCUGUGGGUCUACCCGCCUUAGAAAAAGGGUUUCCAGGACCAUAUACUCGCGAAAACGGUUUUAUGGGAUAUAACGAAAUCUGUGAAGAACUACUUAAUCCGUCUAAAGGCUGGAGGAGUGGAUGGGAUGAUCCAACUGGCACUCCUUAUGCAAUCAAGGAUAAUAAUGUCAUUCUAUAUGACAAUCCUAGAAGUAUCAGAGAAAAGGUUGAUGUGAUAAAUAAAAUGGGUCUAGCUGGCGCUAUGGUCUGGAGCAUGGACACAGAUGAUUUUCAUGGAAACUGUGCAGCUCUACAUGAUUUCUUAGAGCCACAAUCAAGUCGCGAUUAUCCUCUCUUGAAGACGAUCAACAUGGCCCUGGGUAACACAGUUCGUACUUACGAUGAGAAAAAGAAGAAGAAUCAUGUCCUACAUUCUAAAAUUUCAUCCGCAGGAACAAUUUAUGUUAGUGGAUUUAUUAUUAUAUCUAUGUCUCUAUUUACCUUCCUAUCGUAAAUAUUAUAACAUUUAAAUUUUUGUUGAACAUUAAAAGAAUUCAAUUCAAGAUUGAAUUCAGGGCUGAGGAAAUUGUCGUCUCAAGUCUUAAUUAUAUUUUUUCAUAAUAUCAUA